AUGUCCAUCCGGUCAAACAUCUCCAACACCUCCCUCAUGCUCACCCACUCCUCCGCGCAAGCCUUCGAGCACGCCCAACGCACCCGCCUUCAUGACGCGGCCUCCGCCGGCGACAUCUCCCUCUUCGACCUGGAAAUGCGCUCCGUCUCUCUCGCCGCACACGGGACCUCCCAACCGCCUACGCGCACGCCUUCCGCCACGCCUGAACACACAGCUGAGCGCAGCGUCCGGCUCGAGAAGGAGCGUGCGUACCGUGAGGUGCUCCUCACGCUCGUUGAUCUGCCAGUGGUGCCGGGACUGGUGCAUCCUCUUGAUUCCGCUCGGGCGAACAUUGCCCUGUCGAGACCGUGGCCGCACCCGAAUGGGCGUACGGUGGCGGACGAGAAGUGGAUGUGGGAGAUACUGAGGUACUGGGCGAAGUGGCCGGUGAUGAGUGUUGCGCCGUUGCAGCUUGUUGUUGAGGAAGAGGGGGAGGGGGUGAAGCCGCUGACAAGGAGGGGGACGUGGGUGGCGAUGGGGAAGGGGGUGAUUGGGAGGUUGGGAGCGAGGAGAGGGUAG